UCGCCGGGGGCCGCGCCCGCGUGGGCCGGAGGCGCCGGGCGGGCCCGCCCGCGGCCACGUGGGCCGGGACGCGCAGAGCCGCCGCACGGCGCGGCUGUCACGGGCUCGUCUGCGAGCAGGCCGGGGGCGCCGGCGCCCCGUGCCCAGUCAGACUUUGACCCGAGGGCGCGUCUCAGGAGCCUGACGGCUCCAGCCCUGAGCACAGGGAUGAGCGGCUAGGACUGGCGGAAGACAGGCGCUUCCCGGCUGGUGCGCGGUGGCGGCCGCCGAGCCCCUCCUAAGACAUGGCAGGUGUCCGUCCCCCCAUCAUGAAUGGGCCCAUGCACCCCCGGCCGCUGGUGGCGCUGCUGGAUGGCAGGGACUGCACGGUCGAGAUGCCCAUCCUGAAGGACGUGGCCACGGUGGCUUUCUGUGAUGCACAGUCCACGCAGGAGAUCCACGAGAAGGUGCUGAACGAGGCAGUGGGCGCGCUCAUGUACCACACCAUCACCCUCACCCGGGAGGACCUGGAGAAGUUCAAGGCCCUUAGGAUUAUUGUGCGCAUCGGCAGUGGCUUUGACAACAUCGACAUCAAGUCUGCUGGAGACUUAGGCAUUGCUGUCUGCAACGUGCCCGCGGCAUCUGUGGAGGAGACGGCCGACUCCACUCUGUGCCACAUUCUCAACCUGUACCGCAGGACCACGUGGCUGCACCAGGCUCUGCGGGAGGGCACACGUGUGCAGAGUGUUGAGCAGAUCCGGGAGGUGGCUUCCGGAGCCGCCAGGAUCCGUGGGGAGACCUUGGGCAUCAUUGGGCUGGGCCGUGUGGGGCAGGCGGUGGCGCUACGGGCCAAGGCCUUUGGCUUCAACGUCCUCUUCUAUGACCCAUACCUGUCGGAUGGCACGGAGCGGGCACUGGGGCUGCAGCGGGUCAGCACUCUGCAGGACCUGCUGUUCCACAGUGACUGCGUCAGCCUGCACUGUGGCCUCAACGAGCACAACCACCACCUGGUCAACGACUUCACCGUCAAGCAGAUGAGACAAGGGGCGUUCUUGGUGAACACUGCACGGGGCGGCCUAGUGGACGAGAAGGCGCUGGCACAGGCCCUGAAGGAGGGGCGGAUACGGGGCGCGGCCCUGGACGUGCACGAGUCGGAGCCAUUCAGUUUUAGCCAGGGCCCCCUGAAGGAUGCACCCAACCUUAUCUGCACGCCCCAUGCGGCCUGGUACAGCGAGCAGGCAUCCAUCGAGAUGCGGGAGGAGGCGGCGCGGGAGAUCCGGAGAGCCAUCACAGGCCGGAUCCCUGACAGCCUGAAGAACUGUGUCAACAAGGACCACCUGACAGCCGCCACCCACUGGGCCAGCAUGGACCCUGCUGUGGUGCAUCCUGAGCUCAACGGGGCGGCCUACAGCAGGUACCCCCCAGGCGUGGUGGGCGUGGCCCCCGCUGGCAUCCCGGCAGCUGUGGAAGGCAUCGUCCCCAGUGCCAUGUCCCUGUCGCAUGGCCUGCCUCCCGUGUCCCACCCACCCCACGCCCCUUCCCCCGGCCAAACCGUCAAGCCUGAGGCGGACCGAGACCAUGCCAGUGACCAGUUGUAGCCCGGGCAGAGCUCUGCACCUCGGGGCUGCCACGUAUGGAGGUGCCGCCCCAGAGACUGGUCAUGCGCCAGGCGGGUGCGGCUGUCCCCAGGCCGCCCUCCUGUGACCCUUCGUUCCUUGUUAAGCAAAAGAAGUUCGUAGUUAAUCCUAUCAUGAAUGUUCUUGUCCGUGUACAGUUUUAGAACAUCACAAGGAUUGGUUUGCUUAGCUGUCAGCAAGCAGAGCCCCGAGGGAGUGCUGCGGCCGUGUGGGACCGUCUGCCCGCAGCGAGCAGCCGGCCGACUUCUCAGGACCAUGGACCCUCUGGUUUUCUUUCGAAGCCACACAGUGCAUUGUUUUUCUACCUGCUUGUCUUAUUUUUAGAAUAAUUUAGAACAAGAAAACCAAGGCUGUUCUUCCUAGUUUGGCAUGAACCCCCUUGUUCCAGUGACGACGGCCCGCGGAGCAGCUGCAGGAGGGGAGGCUGAGGGGCCCAGCCCUGCCUGUGGGGUGCGGGCACCGCGGCCGUCCUGCUGAUGUGGUAGGCUAGCAAUAUUUUGGUUAAAAUCAUGUUUGUGACUGUAACCAUUUGUAUGAAUUAUUUUAAAGAAAUAAAAUCCCAGAAAGAGCUGG